AUGCCAUGUCCCCUGAGAGUUCCUGGAGCAUAUUUUGAAACGUUUCAACUAUUAAUAGGAAGUUAUUCAUUAUGCAUCGUGAUAACACCAAUGUUGGAUUUUGGAGCAGCUCACGCUUUAAAAGAGUCUCUGAAAGCCGCUCAGAUCUUUUUUGCUCUCAUGAGAGUGUCGUCGCUUAACAGUUUCAUUUUUCUAAGUACUAAUAUGCUAAAGAUUGUUGACAUACUGUCAACACCCUUUAAAAGUCAUCCGAAAACUCAAGAGCCGAGAACGGAAAAGGCGUGCAGCCUUUGUCUCCUUGUUUUUCGUGGACAGGUGUUUGAUAGUGAAGAAGGGAAGGAGCCAAGAUACGUCAAUGGUUGUAUUAACGUGAACGAUUCGGUACGACGUUGA